AUGUUGCAGGAACCUGGGGAUAUAGAAGCUGAAUUUGCUCAGAUUGGAGUGAAAAGAGUUGUCAAGAAAUUCCUUACAUUCCGCACUCCCGGUCCAUUUCAUUUUCCUAAAGGUAAAGGGUUUGGAGAUUCACCUGACGCUCCAAUUGUUUUGCCAUCUUGGUUGUCGGAAGAAGAUGUUAAUUAUUAUGCCAGCAAAUUUGAGAAGAAUGGCUUCACUGGAGGGGUAAACUACUACCGAUCCAUUGAUAUAAACAGUGAACUCACGGCACCCUGGAUUGGAGCUCAAGUAAAAGUACCAGUGAAGUUUAUUGUGGGGGACUUAGACUUGACCUAUCAUAUCCCAGGCACCAAGGAAUACAUACACAAUGGUGGGUUCCUGAAAGAUGUGCCAUUGUUGGAGAAAGUAGUAGUAAUGGAAGGCGCAGCCCACUUCAUCAACCAAGAAAAGGCAGAAGAGAUCAACAAACACAUUUAUGACUUUUUUCAGAAGUUCUGAGGUUUUUGUUUUCUCUCUCUCUCUCUUCAAGCUCUGUUUCUUGGAGGUGAUUGUUCUGUAUGUGUGGCUGAAUUUUGAUCCUGU